AUGUUUGCCGACGAAUCGAUCAAGGCAUGCGCUCGUUUCCAACUGAACCUUUCCGCAUCGUCAUAUACUCAUUUAGUUUUGGUUUUCAGCAGUUUCACAAUGAACGAAGAGGGAGGAUAUCUCGGAGCAAUGACUUAUCAGUGUUUGUACAAUCCUGUUAUGGAGAAAAUUAAACAUCAGCAUCGAGAUGAGCCCAGGGCGUCUCUUGCCCUGAAUAAACUACACACUGCACUGACCACAUGUGAGCAAGCAUCGCCGUCGUUUCUCUACGAUUUUACAAAAGUUAUAUUGGAUGACUCGGAGUUGAAUGUGAAUCUACAGGAGUCUUACUUGAGAAUGCAUGACACUUCGCCAACAAACGACUUGAUUGUCAGUGGUUAUGAACAGAACGCUGAUUACAAAGAGCUCACGAAGCGAGCCAUCGAACUUCGUCGUGUGCUAUCACGAGUACCAGAAGAGAUGUCAGAUCGUCAUGCAUUCUUGGAGACAAUCAAACUGAUCGCAUCAUCCAUAAAGAAACUGCUCGAGGCGAUCAACACUGUUUAUAGAAUUGUUCCAGUGACUGCUCAGCCAGCCGUUGAAAAACGCAAACGAGAAUUUGUCCACUAUUCGAAAAGAUUCAGUAACACUUUGAAGACUUAUUUCAAAGAUCAAAAUGCAAAUCAGGUGUCAGUUUCGGCGAACCAACUUGUUUUCCAAACGACAAUGAUUGUACGCACAAUAAACGAGAAAUUGCGCCGUGGAUAG